GCGCAGCCAAGGACCCAGAGGCAGACAUGCAGACCCUGAGGCGGGAGGCUGCCAGGCCCUACAUCCCCCGGGGGACCCUGGAAGUGGACUUCCCAGCACCUCUGUUCAGCGAUGACUAUCUGUCCCUGGAGGGACCCCGCUGGGCACCGGCCAUCAAGCAGGCAGCAUGUUGGAAGUACACCCCCAUGGGAAGAGACGCGGCCGGUCAGCUGUGGUACACUGGCCUGACCAACUCGGACUCCCGCGAAGCCUGGUACACGCUCCCUCGGGCCCUGGACAGCCCCUACCGGGAGGCUUACACCCGCUGGCACGGCUGCUACCGCCCCCGGGAACAACGCAUGCCCCCGGCCUACACCCAGCGCCUGCGGGAGACGUCCUGGCAUGACCCCGUCACCCCUGCCCAGUAUGAGGACCCCAGCACUCGGUGGGGGAGUGCGCUGUGGAGAGACAGGUCCAUCCGGGGCAAGGAGUUCGUGCUCAACAGGAACCGGUACGGGGUGGAGCCGCCGUGGCGGGCGUCUGACUACGUGCCAUACCUGUCGGCGCCCCAGCGCCCGCCCUACACCACCCAGAGCUACCGGCAGUGGGACCUGGAACCCUACUGUCCCUCCACCAGGCAGCGGCCCCCGCCCAGCUACACGCCCACCCACUGAUAAAGACCAUGCUGCCAGCCCGCGGGCACCUCUGCUUGGCGUGA